AUGAACCGGGCCACCUCCGUCCUCUCGCCCUCCCCAUCGUCGUCAUCCCAAUGGUCGAGCACAGAAUUGGCCCCAGUCGUCGAGGAUCUGAGAUUCAUCUGCGAGGAGGAUACAAUCAACUCCCAGACUGCCCUCACGGCAACGGAGUGUUUGCUCCGUCUUCGUCACACAUUCAUCGAUAGCGACCGUCCGAGCGAGGCCAAAGAGGCCUUCCGACACCUCAAUGGCUUCCAGAUCCUCCUAGGUCUGCUCCGGAAGAUUGCCGAUACCUAUGAGCCGCGAGAUUCCUCAAGGGACGAGAGGAAGUCGCUCUUGGGCCUCCACAAAGACACGCUGGCCGUACUGGCCGAGGGGCUGAAGGGACACUUCGGAAACAAGCGACACUUUGCCAACCGAAUUGCAGGUGGAGGUGAACGAGCCUUGGAAGGGGCCUUUUCGAUUCUGGCCAAGAAAAUAGACGCGAUCCAAGCCGAUACGGAGCAAUUUUACGGUGGCAUAUUGGCAGCAGCCUUAUGCCAGGAGACGAUCGCCAAUAUAUUCACCAGCCUGAGCACGAAAUAUGAAGCUGUACAGGACUUGUCCACCGAUGACGUUAGAGCCGAAGUGGAUCGAUGCGUAGGGACCUCGGAAACUGUUGAGGUACCGGAGCUUCUGGGACCGUUUGUGCGAGUAUGGUUGAUGCAAUCUUCGUCCUCGGAGUUUCAUCACAGAGUCCAGAGGCUAGCUCUACCCGCAUGCCUCUGUCAGCUUGCUUCGCAGUCUCAAAGAAAUGUCACCACCUUGCAUGGGACUGGUGUACUCUCCCUGAUCUUACCAAUUUUGUUUGCCGAUGAUCGUUCAGAGCCGGAGAGAUUGCUCUACCAGGAACUGGCAAAGCUUUUAUGCGCCCACGGAAUCAGUCAUUUAGACGACGCAGUGACGCUCUAUCGGAAGGCACACGGUUCGCCCAAGAUUCUGCAAUUCCUUGUUAGUGUGAUGAAGCAAUCCAAGGAACCUCCGUCGAUCCAAUUUGACCUCUCGACGCAUGGCUUCUGCUCACUCGAAUUCUCGACAAUGGGCCGUCCAUUUCCGCCAACCACAACGUCCGGAUAUACUCUAGCUGUAUGGGCACGCUUUGAUAAAUUCGAUUCCACCACGCACACAACGAUUUUCGGUGCCUUUGAUUCCAGCCAGACUUGUUUUCUCUUGGCAUAUCUGGAAAAAGACACUCGGAAUUUUAUUUUGCAGUCGUCGAUACGGGGUCCUCGUCCAAGUGUUCGCUUCAAGUCUAUCGCCUUUGAGCCCGAUCGGUGGUAUCAUAUCUGCGUGGUGCAUAAAAAGCCGAAACCACCGUCAUAUGCACGUGCAUCGUUAUUCAUAGAUGGCGAAUUCGUGGAACAGACGAGGAUCGAAUAUCCUUGCGUGCCGCUUGCAACCACCCCAAACCGUGUUCCUCGGGUCCAAGCUUUUUUCGGCACUCCCCAAGAUUUGGCCAUGAAACUUGGGAAGGGUGUGUCCAUGUCACGGUGGUCAUUAGCGAACGCUGUUCUACUGGAAGAUGCUCUGAGCGACGAUAUGAUUGCGGUAUUCUAUAAUCUUGGACCGCGAUAUUAUGGUAACUUCCAAGAUUGUUUAGGCUCCUUUCAGACCUACAAAGCAUCCGCGUCCUUGAACCUACGUAAUGAGCACUUGCAUCCUGGUAAAGAAGAACAGUCCGACAUCGUCACUGCAGUUCGCCGGAAAGCUAGCCUGUUAAUUCGCGAAGGCUCUAUAUUGAUUAAUGUCUCACCGCUGGCGGUUUUAGACGAUGACGAUAGUAACAACGUGGACGAGACGAGACUUAUCAAGUGUCUUUCGAAACAGGCUGCUAAGAAUCUACAUCAAUUGACAAAGGCUGGGGGCAAUGCGAUAGCAGUCAAUGGAGCAACACCCUCCAUCAAUGACGCCUUGACCCAGGCGCAUGGUAUUGGAGUGUUGACCGGUGACCCUGUGGUCACAGUGCCGCAUUCGCUCGAUGAUGUGAGUUGGCGGAUUGGCGGUUGCGCAGCGGUGCACCUAAGUUUGGUUCAUGCAUCUACGACAGCAGAGGCUACGCGACUUGCCGUACUGGCGCUUUACGAGGCUGUCCAGGACAGCUGGCGAAACAGCGAGGCAAUGGAGAAAGAAAAUGGCUACGGAGUUCUCGCCGCCUUGUUACGUGAAAAGCUUGGGUCGCCUGCCGGAAGCUCGAACGCUGGUUCCAAAACAUCAGGCGUUUGUUCUAGCGUUGACGAACGGUCUACGUUGGCACUUGAGCUUCUUCGAUCAACGCUUCGAUUCGUUGGAUAUGAUUUUGAGCAGCCGAACCGGUCAAUCAUCACGAACCCGUUGGCCUAUCGGGUAUUGCUUGUGGAUCUAGAGAUAUGGAGAUCCGGAGAGCAACCUCUCCUUGACCUAUAUUAUUCUCAGUUCUGCACGUUUGCAAGUGGAAGCCAGUUUCGCCGGUUUAAUGCAAAGCGUCUCGCUCGAAUGCGCGUCAACAAGAAAUUACUUGAGGCUCUGAAGGUGGAAGAUUUUACCUCAGAAGCCCUACAACUGUUCAUAACUGCUUUCAAGUCGCUGAUGGAAAGCUGCAUGUCGGCAGAUUUGCUUCGAUCGCUGGCCCUCUUCAUCACAUAUUCAAUUCACAAGCCCAAAGAGCCGAGUAGGUUACAGAAAAAGAAGAGCCUCCGGUUCAAUACAAAUACACUGAACCAGCAAAGCUCUGCGGGCAAGAAGUUUGUGCCCGGCGUGACAAUGGCAACGGAAAUGCUUCGAAUGUAUUGUUCGUUGCUCUGUAACCCUCAUGAUCUUGGACCAAUCAAGAAGUUUGCAAAAGCAGUGACAAACAAGUGGCUUCUCUACCUCAUGUGUGAGGAUGAACCUGAGAUUGUUACUAUGGCCACCAAGAUCCUAGCUCGCUUGAUAUACACUCAUGGCAGCAGCUACAGCAAGAAGCUUCAUGACAAGACCGGAGGCUACAUCAUCAUGCGACAUUACCUAAAAAGGUGGUGGAACGUUCCCGCUUUAUGGCCAAUCUGCUUCUCCAUAUUCUUCGGCAUGGACAUUGCAAAGAUGAAACUCGAUAGGGCAUUUGAUGAACUGGGCCUCCUGGACCUCUUCUGCUCUGGUGGCAGCGCCGAUGUUCUGUAUCCCGAAAUGCUUUCAGUACUCACUGGAAUGCUGCAGACUGCGCUGAAGAGAGCAAUAUUGUGUGAUGAAUCACUGGAAUUCAACGAUCAAACCUCCGAUGAGAUUCGUGAUCGAUUAAGACAAGCCCCGAAGUCUACCAUGGCUUCCCAAGUACCUGUCAGCUCAGCCACCGAAGCAGUGUCAUUGUUGGCUGCAGUUAUCGAUUUCCUGGCGGGGGUCCAAGUGAAAUCCCAAACCUUCCGGGAAUUCACAAUGUGCCCUGAAUAUGUUCAAGGGUUACUGGCGGUGUUGUUUCCGGUAGUUGUUGGUUCUGAUUCUGUUAGCACAGAGGUUGAACUGAACUCCCAAUCACGACGUGGUCUUGAGUUCAGUGAACAACACUUGGUGAUCCGCCCACGUUCGAGUAGGCCGACAGAAUUGAGGACUACUACCGUGGAACAACCGGGCUCUCAGGAUGAUCGGGGAGAUUCGGUCGGUCGUGGGUCCUCAUUCGUCUUGGUUUCAUCCGAUGGGGGAAACCGUUCUCCGUCAACUGCGCGCAUACGACAUGCUUUUCGACCGAACAAUAUACAACAUCCGGGAUCCACAGAAUACCCACUCAUUACCAGUAUCUUGAACUUGGUUCUCCUGGUCUUUUCUGAACAGCUCCUUGAACGAAAAGACUUCACCGGACUGGGUAUCUAUUGGAAGACGCCACCAGGAUUUCCAGAACAACAAGCAUACUUUAACUCAUGGAUACUUCGAUGCCUCCUCCCCACGCUGCAGGAUGUUCUGUUUUCGAAGAUCGAACUUUUAACAGAACCACGCGUGCUUACCAACUUGGGCCGUUUCACAACACACCUAGGAGAAGCAGUCUAUGAAGGGUGGUUCAUUGAUGGUGCGACUGUGGGCCUCGAGUUUGCUGGGACCAUCCUGGAAUACCUCCAAAGGCCUGACGUGUCACGUCUGAAGAGCACAAGACUUUGUAGCCAGGCGGUUGCAACAGUCCGAUCCGUGGUGUUCCGUAUGGUUCUUCUCAAUUUGUCCGAAGUUGAAGGCGACGAGGCGUUCGCGUUUUUGAGCCGUCUGUCUUAUUGGCAAGUCGUCCUUCUCAACCCUAAUGAAGCUCAGCCCGACUAUCUUCAACUACUAUGCUACCUUCUAUAUACAAAGUUGAUCGACACGAAUGAAAAUGUCCGUCUUGCAGCUGCCAGCUUGUUCCGCGUUUUACUGGUGCAGAAGCCAGUUGAGAUGUCUUCAAUUCUGGGCCAAGCUACUGUACCCCUGCAACAGCGUCUCCAGGGAGGCUUCGAGACCCUUGUGAGCAUGGAAGACGAGGCUUUCUUGCAAUGGGUUGACCAGCAAUCAGACGACUUGGAUGCUUUGUUUUUCGGUGUUCUGUCCAAGACCUGGGAAGCCUUUGUGCACGAAGAGAACUUGAAUAUCGAAAAUACUUGGCGGAGCCGCAUCAACAAGCGAAAGGAAAAGCUGAAGCAAUGGAGGCAGACGGAAGAAAUAGGGGAGGAGGUGUUGCGCAAACACGAGGCCACUUUGCCGCACUGGGUGUCGAAUAUAUCUGCCUCCGAAUUUCUGAAGCUUCAGAGAGCCCUCCAAGACCAACAGGAUAACUCUGCAUUCAUGUGGACUGCACUAUCUCACCUGACCAUGGAUCUGCGGCGCUCUGGUGGCAUUCUAGCGGAGAACAAGGAGAAAAAAUGGGUCCUUGAUCAGACGGAAGGCCGAAGUCGCAUGCGUCUGCGCAUUGUUCCAGAUGACUCUGGUGAACGACAGGACUACCAACCGAAGCGAAAGGCGUCGGAGCCCCCCGCGAUGAAGAUUGACACGCAAGUAGCACCAUCUUCCUCCGGGGGUGACCCCGUUGGUCUAACACCUACUGUACCCAACGUUGACGUUCCUGACAACGCCCAAGAAAUUCGCCCAGAUAGUCGCAGCAUGCUUGAAGAGAGCUUUGAGAUGAUCGACGACCCGAAAGUCGAAUUUGAAGACUACGAAGACAAGAACAGAAAGGUUAUGAGGAGUCUGCACCGCGGCGAUCAGGUGGACAGUGUGUGCAAUAUGUCUCGUAUUAUUGGAUUGGAGGCAACAGAGGGUCUCUUGAUCCUUGGCAAAGACAAUAUCUAUAUUCUGGAUAACUUCUUCCAGAGAUCUGAUGGCGAAAUCGUCAAUGUCUGGCAAGCACCUCCCGAAGAGCGGGACCCCUAUGUCCGUAUGAUUACUGGCAGAGAGUCCAAUGAGCGCAAGUCACAGGAACAUGAAACCAGAAGCUGGAAGUGGUCCGACCUGAUCAGUGUCUCCAAGAGACGAUUCCUGUUCCGAGAUGUCGCCCUGGAAAUCUUCUUCACUGAUGGAACAAGCUAUCUGUUAACGCUUAUAUCUUCGCGAGCUCGGGACAAUCUCUCGAGUCAGCUCGCUAGCAAGGCGCCCCAGGUUACAGGGAGCGUUGGCCACUCACGUCCCGAGGAUAUUUGGCGAUUUGAGACGCUGCGCAGUCCGGAGGAUGCUCCCCAGACUUUAGGGUCUAAAUUUGCCAGUGUCUUUGGACAUUCGCCCGCUCACCCUGCAACGCGGAAAUGGGUCAAAGGCGAGAUCUCCAAUUUCCAUUAUUUGAUGCUGAUCAACACUCUCGCUGGGCGAACAUUCAACGAUCUGACACAAUAUCCGGUCUUUCCAUGGGUCCUUGCGGAUUAUACGAGCGAUGAGUUGGAUCUGACCAACCCAAAGACCUUCCGUGACUUGUCGAGGCCCAUGGGCUGUCAGACCCCAGAGCGGGAAGCUGAGCUCCGAGAACGGUAUAAGGCCUUUGCUGAGAUGGGUGCAGGCGACUCCCCGCCAUUCCACUAUGGCACUCAUUAUUCUUCCGCCAUGAUUGUCAGCUCCUACCUGAUUCGCCUGCAGCCGUUCGUCAAGUCAUACCUUCUUCUACAAGGAGGGACAUUUGACCACGCUGAUCGCCUUUUCUACUCCAUUGCCAAGGCAUGGGAGUCGGCUUCGCGUGGAAACAUGUCAGAUGUCAGAGAACUGAUUCCAGAGUUCUUUUACCUUCCGGAGUUUCUGGUUAAUUCAAACAAGUAUGACUUUGGGUUCCUUCAGAACAUGACCACAGCAAUCGAUUCGGUUGAGCUCCCACCAUGGGCCAAGGGUGACCCGAAGAUCUUCAUUGCCAAACACCGCGAAGCCCUAGAGAGUCCGUAUGUGACGCAGAACUUGCACCAUUGGAUUGAUCUUGUGUUUGGAUGCAAACAGAAAGGCGAGGCAGCUGUCGAGGCGGUCAAUGUCUUCCAUCACCUGUCUUAUCAAGGCGCCAAGGAUGUCGAUACUAUCGAUGAUCCUGUUGAACGCUUAGCUACAAUUGGCAUCAUACACAACUUUGGACAGACGCCCCAUCAAAUCUUCACCCGCCCUCAUGCACAGAGGGAGGAUAUACGGUACAGGAUGCCGAGAUUGGAUCGGCUCGCUGAGUCGCUCACCCAGCUGCCUCUCUCGCUCCUAGAUAUCGGUGAACAAGUAUCUUCAUUGUCAAUGAAGCAGGAUCGGCUACUAUGUGCUGCUCCCCUCCGGCUGAACAUCCCGCCUACAUACGACAAGUACAUGGAAUGGGGAUUUUUCGAUGGUAGCGUCCGGUUCUACUCGGCUGAUAACCGAAAGCUUCUGGGUCACUACGAGCACCUGCAUAUUGGCCAACUAUCCUGCGCGAUAUUUGCGGACUCCCGAACGCUGGUCACCUCUGGAACUGAUUGCACGGUGUCGACAUGGCUGUUUACUUCCACCAGCAAGUCUGUGGAUCUUCAGCCAGCGGGAUCUCUGUUUGGCCAUCGGUCCCCCGUGACCGUUCUGGCAGUCUCACGGUCCUUCAGCACGCUUCUCUCUGCAUCAACCGAUGGACAGAUUCUGCUAUGGGACCUCAACCGGCAGUGUUUUGUCCGAGAACUCCCGUCCAAGGGGCCGGUGGACUGUGCUCGCAUCAACGAUGUAACCGGCGAGAUCAUGGUCUGCCGAGGUAACCGCGUCAGCCUCUUCACGCUGAACGGAGCGCUAUUACUGGAUCAGGCCGUGUGCGACUCUACAGAUGAUCAGAUCAUCUCGUGUGUGUUCUACGAGGGGGUGAGCAAUGAGUGGCAGGAGCGGGCGCUCCUCUUCACCGGCCACCGAAGAGGCGUUGUUAAUAUAUGGAGUAAGAUCAUCCGGCACGGGCGAUUUGAGCUGGAGUUGAUUCGCCAACUCCAUCAUAUUGAUAAUAGCCGUGACAACGGAGCGAACAUCUCCGCGGGCAUCAGCUGUAUUCUGGCACUGCCCCAUGUGGUGUACACCGGGGAUGAGGCCGGCCGAGUGGUGAGUUCGCACAUUGUAUAG